AUGGUCUCCAAGUGCUCUCUAAUAGUAUUUUUUUUACCGCAGCCUACCAAGAUAACCCGGCGUAGUCCAUCGCCCAGUAUUCUAUCUCCCAGUCUACCACCACGUAUUCGACGCGUGUCUAGUGACCGCGUGCCUUGGAUGGACACUGGGUCUGGUAAGCACAUUUCACAUAGUUUAGCGCAACUAACUACAGGGGUGUAUUAAAAAGGUGUACGGUUUUGAAAUGUCCGCAGUUUUGAAAUGUCCCACUGAAAAUUCCGCACAAUUUGUGACAAUUUUACGUUAUUGGUAGUUGCGGGCUUGGUAGUAUCUCUAUCACAAAAUAAUUCUGGAAAAUAAAUUUUCGAGUGCAGCAGGUCUGUUUUUUAAAACCACUUUAAAAAUGGAAGGCCUGAAACACAAUUUGAAUCGAUAUAGGGUGCAAAUUUGCAAUUAGAUAAAAGUGUUUGAAAGGGGGCAGUGACCGAUUUGAAUCCAUGUAGGGUAUCAAAGUACCAGACAAUUUGAUACACAACUCCAAUCCGCGAUCUCUAAAAUUUGGAAUUUUUGCUAUAGCAGCCUUUCGCGUCUUUAAAAUUUUUGUAAAGAGUAUAUGUAAGAAAUCAAACAUGCAUAAAUCAAUCAUACAUGGAAUCAGUCGUGGGUUUGAUAAAUUAUUCGUGAAAAGUUAAAGGCAAAAAAGCCGAAGUUUUAGGAGUUGCGCGUAGGACUUAUUAGAACAUGCAAGACAAAAACUUUGAGUAAUUCGUGGUCCCAGGGGUGAGGAAUAUAUCUAUCUCGAAAUUGCGUGGAAACACUCGCACUUCGUGCUCGUGUUCCCACGCAAUUUCUCGUUUCUCCCAAACUUCCACGCGUGUUUCUAUGACUUUAUAGAAACACAGAAUUUCUUAAUUAGUCAUUUGACAAUUUUUUAUGCAGUUAUGCUCCUUCAUAUACGAUUAGAAGCUAUUUUAAAUUCCCAGGGAUAGAAAAUCGUGUACUUAACAAAAAUAGAAUUAUUUAUUAAGGUCUCGUUUUUCAAUACACCCUGUAUUUUACUUUGCGUGGGAAAAUUUCAAAAGGUAUACUUUUUUUCGGAACACCCUGCAUGGAUAGAGCGUUUGCACUCAUUCCCCAGGGACCAACUCAACAAAAGCCAUGGCGGCCAUGUUGGUGUUCCAGACAAAAGAGUCUAUGACGUCAUCUGCGAACGCUUUAUACAGGGUGUAUAAGAAAAAGGAGACCUUUAGAAAUCAAGCAUAUUGUUAAAAUUUGAAUGCCUUUCAAUUGCACAUAUGCUGAACCGUGGUGCGUGAAAUAUUGAUGAGUGCAUAUAUUAGAAAAAGGAGACCUUUAGAGAUCAACCAUUGUUAUAAUUUGAAUCCUGGAGCACUUUGCUAAGCCCACGAGUGCGUAACAUGCGAUCUACGUACAGUAUGCAUGGCAGAUUGUUCCCAGGAGCAGACAAUUUUUUGUUAAACGUUAUUUCAAUUCUAAAGGUCUCCUUUUUCUAAUAUAUGCAUAUGUGCAUGCAAUUGAAAAGGCAUUCAAAUUUUAACAAUAUGCUUGAUUUCUAAAGGUCUCCUUUUUUUUGAUACACCCUGUAGACAAAUUUUGCUAACGUUUGUUCAUGCCAAAUUCACAUCUUUAGAUAACUCCACUAAUCUAAUACUCGCAUGCCUAGUUACUAUUGUUUUAGUUUACAAAAGCAUAGAAUAGAACAAAGGUGACUUAGCUUUAGAAUUAUCUACAUGAGUGAAUGACUGUUAUACGUAAUUAUAAUGCUUAGUUACCAUUGUUCUAUUCUAUGCUUCUGUGAGCUAGGCAUGUGAGUUAUCUAAUGUUGUGAAAUGGGUAGCAACGAUGUAUACAACGUCAGCCAAAUUUGUUUAUUGCAUGAAAUUUAAGGCAAACAGUUCAUAGAACUAGGAUUUCCAGCACGAAAAGGUGGUCAUAUGUGUAGUGUUUAAAGCGAAAAUAGUUUGGACGGAAGUUUAGAAGGCGUGGUGUUAUUGAAUGGCUUGGUGUGAUUGAGGAUUAUUGUUUUGAGAGCUUGGUCGAAGUAACUGUGAAAUAAAUAUAUAUUAAAAAGAGUUAAGUUGAAGGAUACAACGAUAUGGUGGCAACCGAUAACCCCCCACCCCCCUCCAAUAGUUUGCAAAGUGUCCGUCACUGCCCUCUUUCAAACGCUUUUAUCUAAUUGCAUAUUUGUGUCUAUUGUAUUUAUUCAGACAAUGAAGAAGCUGAUUUUUCAUCACAAAAGAAGCAGAUUAGGUUUGUUUUAAUGCUUGUUGGUGAAUUAUUGCAUGAAUUUUUGAAAUUUUGUGAUUUUAGUAUCGUACUGUAUUUUUCUAUAUUAUGCAUUUGAUAUAUAUUUUAGGUUCAAAAGCCUUUCGCCAGCAAGGUUUGUCUAUUUAUUCUUGUCCAGUGUGCUUAUUCACUGCAAAAGAUUGUAUUAAAAAACUUGAGCGAAAUAAUGCACCAAUGCACAUUGACUGAACAUUUUGAGUAAAGUUACUCAAAUUUAGGAGCAAAUUUACUCAUUUAUUGAGUGAAGUAAAUCUCUAGUAAAUUUGAGUAAUUUUGCUGACAAUUUUGAGCCACUCCAUGUGUAUUAUUAAGCUUUUGAGGUUUUUUGGCAUUGACUGAGCCUGGGGGAAAUGCUUGCCAGUCAAACGAAGCCGAGAGAAAAAUUUGGCUAAUAGGAAAAUUUGGGGAAAAGUUCUACCAAUUAGCCUUUCUCACAAUGACGACCCAUUUUUGGGUGGCAUCCAAUUCUCGUUAACCAAUGCAGACAACUAAAACAAUGUGAAAAGCAAUUUUUCAAAAUAAACUGACCAUUUACAAAGCAAAUUUACCAUCAUUUGUCAAAAAAAAUAUAAAAAGUCGCUGUUAUGUGGACUUAUCUCGCAGACUUCGGCUGAAAUGCCAGCCAAAAAUGGCGGCGUAGAAUGGCUAAUUGAGUACCAAACAUACUGUUUUCCGAAAGUCCCAUUCAAGAAGUAUUCUAUUAUAUAUCUAAAAACCCCGAGAAUGUUUCAAUUUGUUAUUCACCGGUGAAUAAAAGUGAUGUCCACCGCUCAGAUGUGAUGAGGUGCAAGAAUACAUAAACUUUGAAACGUGUUAUAUAAUAAUAACCUUUUAUCCGACUACGUAAAAUUAACUUACUUAAACUGUGGCCAUUUCAGGACAUAACCAGCUCGCCUAAAUGCUAUAACUUUAUUUAUAGUCCUGGCACAGAAGACUCGUUUACGUUUGACGCUCGGCCCAGUCAGUUCACGAAAACUGUCGUCGCUAGGAUACCAGAAGAAGAUGACGUGAUGGAAACCAGGACGGGAUCUGGUGCUGAGAACAGCUCUGAGAGCGUGUCGGAGUCUGAGAACGAAACUGGUAAAUAAUCAUUCUUUUUAUUAUCACGGUUUUAUCAUCCUCGUACCCAUAACCUCUCUUAUGCGCGGGCAACGGAGCGGCUCUCCGGAACCAGGAAAACCUGGUUCCUUCUUGUUAAAUAGCACAUGCUUGAAUUCGUACUCACACAAUAUUAACUUUAUAAUCAAAGUUUGGCUGACUUUAAUACUUCCUCAUCUGAGACCCUCCCUGUUCAACUGAUCGUCUCCACACGUCUCCAUUUCGAAACUUUCCAAACUUCUGAUAUCAGAUUGCUUCAAGAUUCAAAACUAUUGUGGCAAACGCACUAGACCAACGUUUUAGUCGUCUUUUCCUUUGCAGCCAAGUUACGUUCUUGGUCAGGAACACAUUCGUUACUACACGAGGAAAUAAUACUCCAUUUUUAUUGCAUAUCUCAAUCAAUUCCAACUCGCUUUUCCUUGAGGUCCAGGUGUUACUGCAGGAGGAAAACUACAUAUAUGUUAUUGAUUGAGCGAGAGGUCCGGACUGUAGCAUAUUAGUCGAGUUCUUGUUAGUUUCCCGACUUUGUUAUAUCACAUUUUACAACGCUAACGAUUUGAAAAUGUAGUGUAAGUUUUGUUGCUCUUAUUUAAAGUAAAGUCUUUUCCAUCUUAAGAAAAAGACAAAAGCCAUAUUUUCCCCAACUCAACUUUUACUUUAUGUAGCGCGACCCCCAUAUUUGUUUUGUUUUGAAGCAAUCUAUGGCAAUGAUCGUUUUUGAGGACUGCUUUAAGCUAAUUGGCUGAAUUUUGAUCGCAUUGUUACCGAAUCUUUCACUGUUGUUACAGAUUUUUGCACUGCUGUUUGGUCGAAUAACAUUUUUAUGUAUAUUAUUAAAUUAUGUUAACUUUUGAGACUUAAUAUUUCAACUGCUCUCUAUUGUGUAGAAAUGCAGCCUUCUACUUCAGGGGAAAUAUUAAGUAAACCAGAUGAUACCGUGCGAGAGAACGGAGGAUUGGAACCUAGUAAAGAAAAUGACGUCACCGUAGUGGCAAUGGUUGAUCUGGAUAAUGACGCUGAUAGUCAAUAUGAGGGUAAGUUUCUUAAUAUUGGCAAUUUUCAGCCAUAUUGCGUGGUUGCCGUGAACUCAAAAACGUUAAAUAAAGGUUAGUUUGGUUUAAUUUAUUUGAUUUUUUGUUAUAGCGACGCAACCCACUUUAACAGAGAAACCAUUUGAACUUGCUGACAACGUUCAGCCUGCGGACUCCACUCAGCCUGCGGACUCCACUCAGCCUGCAGACUCCACUCGGCCUGCAGACUCCACUCGGCCUGCAGACUCCACUCAGCCUGCAGACUCCACUCAGCCUGCAGACUCCACUCAGCCUGCAGACUUCUCCCAUCCCGCAGACUCUCCUGAACCCGCGAGUGAUGAGGCAGCAAGCAGUGAGGUUCAAGCCGUUGCUUUUGUUGAGUUUAAUGAAGAUGAGGAUGAUAUUACAGAUGAUAAUGGUAAUAUGUUACACAAGCUUUUGUGGAUAGGGAUGCCACUACCUGAAAAAAUGAGAAAUUCGACGUUUCGAGCGAAGGCUCUUUGUCGAGAAGUUAGGGCGCUAUCGGUUAGGUAGGCUAGCUAGCUAACUGGGCUCUCGUAAACGCUGCAUGCGAUAAAAUUGUCUUGUUACUUUAGAAGAAACGACACAACCUAGUAGGAACGAAGAAACGCUUGUUUUUGGAAAACCAGAGUCAGAAAAUGACGAAGCAACACCGCCAACUAACGAUGGCUCUUUUAUGUAA